GCGGGAUGUGUCUCCUACUGGGGGCCACGGGGGUGGGGAAGACGCUGUUGGUGAAACGCCUGCAGAAGCUGAGCUCCCGAGAUGGGAAGGGCGACCUGGGCGAUCCGCCCCUGACGCGGCCCACGGUGGGUACCAACUUAACGGACAUUGUGGCUCAAAAAAAGAUCACCAUCCGGGAGCUGGGGGGCUGCAUGGGCCCCAUCUGGUCCAGUUACUAUGGAAACUGUCAUUCUCUCCUGUUCAUGGUGGAUGCCUCUAACCCCACCCAGCUCUCGGCAUCUUGUGUACAGCUCCUGGGUCUCCUAUCGGCCGAAGAACUUGCUGAAGCAUCAGUUCUGAUUCUCUUCAAUAAAAUGUACGUGUCUGAGAGUGACCUGCCCUGUUACAUGACCAUAGAAGAGAUGAAGUCGUUAAUCAGGCUCCCGGACCUCAUUGCUUGCGCCAAGCAGAACAUCACCACCGUAGAAAUCAGUGCCCGGAAAGGCACUGGCUUGUCAGACGUGCUGCGCUGGCUCCAGGACACCCACAGAACCAAUGGCUGACUGCAGGGUGGAGAAGCAUGGCCGGCCUGCUCUGCGGCAAGAAGGCAGAGGUGGCACUGCUUGGCCACCAGCCGUCUGUUGCUUUUUAUAAAAGCAGGCUAAGCCCUGGAAGACGGGGUUCUGUGCUGAGUUGCAGUGAUGGAUAAACGAGUCACCCAGGUUACAGAAACUCCUGAUACCUGCUCCCUGGCUCCAGGGUUGGGAGAGGAGGAGAGGCCUGCCAGAUGGCUUGUGUCCUGUACCAUUCUGGGAUGGUUUUAGGGGAAUUGUUCCCCUCUCCCCAGGAGAUCUGCUUUCCCAACUGUGAUAUAAGCUCUAACCUGUAAAGUUUCUGGUACCCUAAUGGUGGGAUACCUCACAGACAAUGUCAGGUACAUGAGUCAGUGUGGUAGGAAAAACCAGGCUUUGGGUUAGAAACAGUAAACAUUUACUACCCAGAGGUGCCUUAGUGGUCAGGGGCCCCACAGGUAGGCCAGGGUAGAGAGGGGCUCUGAUGGGGUAUGGGAGGUGCUGGUGAGCUCUUGGCCAGACCCUCAGGCCACAGUUCCCCCAUGGCCCACUGUGUUCUUUCAGCUAAGAGAUCUUGUAGGAAACACCUACAUCUAUUGCUUGGUGCAUCUGUAUCCUAGGGCCCCUGUAAUGAAUCACCAUAAACGGUGGCUUGCAGCAACAUAAACCUAACAGUCAUAGGACUGGAAGCCAGAAGUCUGAAAUUGAGGUAUCAGCAGGGGUGAGCGUUUUGGAGACUCCAAGGGAGAAUCCAUUCCUUGCUGUGGUUGCUGCGUUGUGUCCUUGGUUUGUGGCUUGCAGGACUUGGAUCCCUGACUCUGUCUUUUUUUGUUUUUUAUUAUUUAUUUUUUUGGUUGCGCUGGGUCUUUGUUGCUGCGUGAGGGCUUUCUCUAGUUGCAGAGAGCUGGGGCUACUCUGCCUUGCAGCGCAUGGGCUUCUUGUUGCGGUGGCUUCUCUUGUUGCGGCAGCUUCUCUUGUUGCGGCAGCUUCUCUUGUUGUGGGCUUGCCAGGUGGCUCAGACGGUCAAGAAUCUCCCUGUAAUACAGGAGACCUGGGUUCAAUCCCUGAGUUGGGAAAAUCCCCUGGAGAAAAGAAUGGCAACCCACUCCAGUAUUCUUGCCUGGAGAAUUCCAUGGAUAGAGGAGCCUGGGGGCUACAGUCCAUCAGGUCCCAAAGAGUUGGACAUGACUGAGUGACUAAUACUUUGACUUUUCUCUUGUCGCAGAGCACUGGGUCUAGGGUGCAGGCUUCUAGGGUGUAGUUGUUGAACUCGGCCUUAGUUGCUCCACGGCAUGUGGCAUCUUCCCAGACCAGGGAUUGAAUCCAUGUUCCUCACAUAGACAGGCAGAGUCUUACCCACUGUACCAGCAGGGACAUUCUCUGCCUCUGUCUUCACAUGAUCUUUUCUUCUUAUGAGGAUGUAACAGUGGUAAAGAAUCAGACUGCCAGUACAGGAAUUGCAAGAGACACAGGUUUGAUCCCUGGGUCAGGACGAUCCUCUGGAGUAAGAAAUGGCAACCCACUUCAGUAUUGUUGCCUGGAAAAGUCUAUGGAGAGAGGAGCCUAGCAGGCUACAGCCCAUGGGGUUGCAAAGAAUCGACACAACUGAGCAGCUGAGCCCAAACAAGGGCCCACCUUAAUCCAGAUUGAGCUCAUCUCAAAAUCCACAGUCACAUGUACAAAGAUUGUUUUUCCAAAUCAGGUCCUCUUUGUAGGUUCUGGGGGUUACAACUUGGGCAUACCUUUGAGGCUGCUAUUAAACCUGCUGCAGUCUGGUAAGAAAUCCUCUGCUUCUGAGUGUGGUUGUGAGUUUCCUACAAUACCUUCCUCUGUCUUAGCUGGUGGUCUAGCUCACUGGGCUCCAAGGGCCUUUGGAAGGCCUGCAUGGCCCCCUUUAGCCUUGUGGGGACCCAAGGCCCCAACACCCUGGGAUUUCUCUAGGGCAAGAACAGUUCACACUGGCCUGCCUUGGCCACCCAGGUGGUUGUGCCUUGGCCUCACCCACUCUGGUCCCAGGGCCAGAUGUCCAGGCCCAGAGGCGACAGGCAGGGGGCUCGGUACAACACUCCAGGAGAGUGGGCUGAGGGGUCUGGGCUCCAAGUUGACCUACAUCCUCAGUCUGCUUCUGUUUCCCCAGUUGCUCUGAGAAGCAGUUCUCAGAUGGAGUAAAUAUGCUCUGUGAAGAGGCCCUGGGGUUGGGCAAGCCAUCCUGAAAAAUCUUAAAGACAGCCUUCCCGAGACCUGGAGGAGAGAAUAGCUGGUUUUUGGAGGGAGCUGCUGGCUGACCGAGUCAGUCUGAGGCCAUAGAAGAGUGCUUUGCAGUGUUCGUAACACCUGAACAUGGGCGCGGUGGAGGUUUGGAGCCCCACUGGGGACCAUUCUGUGACUGUGUACCCAGGAAGGCAUGCUGGCCGCUCAGAACCCAUCUUCCCUUCUGGGAUGGAGCAAGGUUCUGAGCUUUUCUGCUGUCUGGAACCUAAGAAUCUGGUGAGGGGCUGGUCAUUCUCCCUGGAGAAUGUGCCUCCUGUGCACACUCCCCACUCGCCCAGAUUGCAGGGUGAGCUUCUGAAUGCUGGGGUCCCACUAGGCCCCAACACGACCCCCCAAGGUUGGCCAUCGGAGGAGCCCAUCCAUUCUCAGUGUUCUCCCCACUCUGCUUUCUCAGAAUCACCUACAGAGCUCAUCGAUGCAAUGGACCCUGGACCCUCCGAGUCCAUGUGGAUGCCACAGGGCUCCCUGAAGUCAGUACUGAGUUCUCAAAAGUGCUGAUCCUGCCAUCUGGUGUCCUCAUUCCCAGACUGGCUGGGGGGGUGGGUGGGCAAGUGGGCAAGAGUCCCCCAGGUAUCAGCCAAGGACUGUAGCAAAGACUGCCUCCUCCUGGCUGCCAUGCUAAGAGCAGGCCUGGAACACUAGUGCCAUCACUAAUAUAUUUUUUGUAUACAUUAUACUUGUAUGAAAUAUAAAUAUAUAACAAUAUGUUUAAGAUAAUUCAGUUGCCCACCUGUUAAAAAUGAGUAAAAUAAAAUAUUUUUUAAAUAUCAGUAAAGUUAGAUAAUUUAAUGAAUCGUGACUUUCAUGCACAAAGUGAUGGUUUUUAAUAUUCAGGAGUAAACUGUCAAGAAAUGUGUAAGACAUAGAUGAAGCAGACCACAAACUAGCAGCAAGAAACAAGAUUUACAUACACAGUAGUUCUUAACUGGGACAGUCUGGCCACCAGUGGAUACUCUGGAAAUAUUUUGGAUGGUACAGCUGGGGGUGGGGGCUGUGAUCCAGCAUCUAUGUGUAUCUAUUAAUACAAACAUAGAGAACAGGAAAAAGAGAGAAUGACAUUUAUUUUAAAGAACUAGCUCAUGUCAUUGUGGAGGCCACCAAGUCCACAAUUGGCAGGAUGCGCAGCAGGCUGUUGAAGUGGGUUGAUGGUAUGUUUCUAGUCUGAAGGCCAUCUGCUGGCAGAGCCUU